AGUCAGUCACAGAUAGACUGCGGUAGACGUGUGAAAGACGAAAAAACUUAUGUGGUAGAUACAUACACAAAAUCAUCGUUGUAAAUAAAAAUGAAGAUUGAAGAUGUAUACAAGUAUAAUGCAAAUCCCGCAAAGGCGAUACAAUAACGUUUAGAUUCAAGAAUAGAAGAGACAAUUGGAAAACCGAGGGCUAAGCAACAACUGCAGCAUUUGGAAUAAUAAGUAUAGUAUCGCUAUUAAGCGGUUGUUCAAAAAGUCCAUAGUAUUUAUGCCUACGAGUGUCAAAAAAUUUUAAAUGUAUCAAUUGCUUGUAAAACUAUGAUGUCGUUAUUAAAUCUUCAAAGUUUUACUUUCUAUAAGAUUGAUAUGGUUAAAGUUAGUUGAGUUUAUAGGUUAUGCUGGAUAUCUUUACGUGAACCCGAUUAACAACAACGUAUGAUUCAAGAUCACGUCAGUUUUUCAAAUUAAAACUGUUUAUCAGUAUUUUAAUUAUUUACUCAUUGAAAAGCCUCGGAAGUAAAGACCGCUUUAAGAAAGGGUAUUAUUCAAUGCAUCAAUUCAAGAAGAAAAAACACAGUAAACAGCUACAUAUUGAGCAACAGAUUUUGGAAGAAGUGUUUGUUGUAUUGUAGCUGCUAUUUUUGUCAUAGUUUCAUUAGCAAGUUGUUGGCAAUAAGAUAUCAUACUAAUGAGAUUAAUCAUUUUAACUACAAUCAAACAAAUAAUAGCAUUAAGCUACUAUAAUAAAAGUAAUCAAGUGAUCAAUGGUACCUGGGACACAUCCAUAUGUGCUAGCAGUGGCUAGAACUAUAGGACUAACAGCUAGUGUUAAGUUAUAGAACAUCAAAACCAACAUCGAAAGCUAUGCAUGUAGUCAUAGUUGAGAUUGGGAGUUGAAUAAAGUAUCUGUUACGAAUGAAUAAUGCUAGCUGGCAAUGAACGGUAUGGAGAGACAUGGACAUGGACAUGGCCACUCGCACCAUCAUCAUCACCGGCAUCAUCAUUCUCACCAUCAUUCAAGUGGUAGUUCAUCAGAAGGUAGAGAUGUCAGAGAUGUCAGAGAUUUCAGAGAUUUCAGAGAUUUUAGAGAUGUCAGAGAUACAAGAGAUGUCAGAGAGGUCAGAGAGGUCAGAGAUGUCAGAGAUGUCAGAGAUGUCAGAGAUGUCAGAGAUGUCAGAGAUGUCAGAGAUGUCAGAGAAGUCAGAGAAGUCAGAGAAGUCAGAGAAGUCAGAGAUGUCAGAGAUGUCAGAGAUGUCAGAGAUAUCAGAGAUAUCAGAGAUAUCAGAGAUAUCAGAGAUAUCAGAGAUAUCAGGGAUGUCAGGGAUGGCAGAGAUGGCAGAGAUGUCAGAGAUGUCAGAGAUGUCAGGGAUGUCAGGGAUGUCAGAGAUCUCAGAGAUCUCAGAGAUCUCAGAGAUGCCAGAGAUGCCAGAGAUGCCAGAGAUGUCAGAGAUGUCAGAGAUGUCAGAGAUAUUAGAGAUGGCAGAGAUAUUAGAGAUGGCAGAGACGUUAGAGAUAUCAGAGAUAUUAGAGAUAUUAGAGAUGUCAGAGAUUUCAGAGAUUUCAGAGAUACAAGAGAUAUCAGAGAAAGUAGGGAUAUUAGAGAGAAUAGAGAUAUCAGAGAGAGUAGAGAUACCAGAGAGAGUAGAGAUAUCCGAGAUAGAGAUACCAGAGAUAGACAUCACUAUCAUUCCCAUACUGCUAGCUCUCAACAUAAUUCUAACAGUAAUGCUAUGGGCCAUCAGCUGCCAGGACCGAAACAAAAUCAUGGACCACAGCACAGCCAGGAUAAAGAACAUGUUGGUGGAGCUAUCCCUAGUGGGCCAUCAAUACCACAAAAAUUUAAAAAUUACAAGCUGAUUGUAGAUCCAGCUCUGAAACAGGGUCCAGUUAAAGUUUAUAGAUGUGACGGUCUUGUGGCCGGAGAUCCUACUUAUCCUGUGGUGCAAGUGAGAGAUCCACGCUCUCAAAUGAUUAGGAUAUGGACCAGGUUAGAUAAACUUGAUUUACCUGUGCCAAGGUUCAAAAUUGAUGCUAAUUAUUGUGGUGAUCCUCCACCUCUGGAAGUAACAUUUUGCCAUUUAAAUGAUAAUAUUGACAGAACUUUUCUCAGUGACAUGGUUCAAAAAUUUGGCCAAAUUGAAGAACUAAUAAUAUAUUAUCAUCCAUUAACAAAUAAGCAUUUGGGUAUCGCAAGAGUAGUUUUUGAAACCACAAAAGCUGCCAAAGCAUGUGUAGAAAAACUGAAUAACACUUCUGUUAUGGGCAAGGUAUUGCGAGUUUUUUUAGAUCCCUUUGGUUAUGAGUGUACAAAACUCUACGAAGAUUUAACAACUGAAAAAAAGGUUGAGAAAAAGUCCAAAGAAGAGCCUCCAACUCCAGUUGUAGUAGCGCCUGUUGUAGCAUCCACAAAGACUGAUGUAGAACAAAACAAACGAGGACAAACGACGCCUGUUAUCAUCGACAAAACUCAGAAUUGUGCGAAUGACGAGAGAGAAGAUUUCAAUAGACAUAAUAAGAAGUCUACUUUAGAAAAAGUAGGCAGGGACGCGUACUCGGAAAAUUCGAGAUUUGGCAAUAAAGUGACGACAAAUUAUCGAGGUGAUUACCCAACACCUGCCGGCACCAGCACCAGCAGCAGUGAUUUGAAUUAUACGCCUGGCCCGAACGAACUCACCUACCCCAACAAUUUCUCGCAGAAUUCUACGCCUGCUAGUAAUUACGAUUACUAUUAUAGUAAUUUCCAUCACCAUCACCAUCCGCAUCAUCAUCAGACUCCCAGUCAGACGGGAAAUUACUUGGCUGAAGGUAUACCACCGACUGCACCUCCAACUCAGCCACCGUCGCAAGCCCAGCCACCUUCACAGGAACCAAUAUUACCAUCACUGCAGCAUCCACCUCCUGGUGUUUGGUGGAGCAAUGCCGAAAAUCAAAAGACCAACUUCCCAGUAAACGCGGCAUGGCCAAAAGCAGCGAGUGACAGUUCAGUGAGCGUCUCGGCAGCAAUACCUACGACAAUGACAGUUGUUUGCAACGAACCGGAUAUUGGAAAGAUACUGAUGAAGAACGUUGCGAGCGGGGAUACGAAAACGGAUACAGACAGUCGUGAUGAUUCUCCUACAGAGACCCGCAAGACACUAGAUCUCGACACGCGCAUAGCCAUGCUGUUAAAAGACAAAGCAGGUGGCAUGGCUCCACCAUUUCUUCAGUUCGGCAGUGAUUCUGAAGACGAUGAUGACGAGACAGCUUCCAGAAGCAAACCCGAAGAAGAGAUGCUAUCGAAACCACCGAGUCCAUUUCUUUCGCAAGAUCUCUACGAAGAAUCGUACCAGAAAGGAUUACAACGCUCACGGGAAAGACGUAAGAUGCGACAAAACAGUCUCAACAGUCUUAGCCAGAUGCCAAAAGCAGCGAGGGUUGACGAUGACCUGGGUAGUAUUAUCAGCUCUAGCGAGGAUGAGGCAUUGCUCGGUAGCUAUAGUCCAACUAUGAGUAAACCGGUCGCUGUCAAGGAGGCUAUCGUAACUAACGGUUCAGAUGGAGAAGCGCGAGCAGCUUCCUUGGACGAUGACCGCAUGUCUCUCAGUCCCUUGAGUUCCGGCGACGAGAAGAUCGAAGAGAUAUCGAAUCACGAUCCGCAACACAUGAAUCAGCAACAGCAGCAGCAUCUCUACGGUAACUACUCGACAGUGGCGCACUUGCACCAUUACCCGGUUGCCGCAGCGGCCACUGUAAAUCAUCAUCAAGCCUAUCAACAUCACCACCAUCACCAGCAGCAACAACAUUGGCCAAGACCCGGCCAGUAUCCCUACCCCCCGUAUUGCGGAAGCGCAGCCACGGCCUACAUGCCCAAUCAGUAUCCACCCCUUGGAGUGCCGCCACCGAAUCAUCCUUUGCACGUUCCUCCACCUGGUCCUGUAGGAAUACCGAUUCUCGGUCCGAACGCUCAGCCCAAUGCCGGUUUCUACGGUAACUUUCAAAAUCGACUUCACGCAAUGGUUAAUCACAACGUAGCCAAGGAUAAUCCACAGGGGCCUACGAUAAACGGUGUAUUAGAUCGGGUAGUCAACGAAUUGAAGCUUAUUCUCAAGCGAGAUUUCAAUAAAAAAAUGAUCGAGAGCACGGCGUUCAAGUUGUUCGAAGUCUGGUGGGCGGACGAGCGUAAGAAGACCGAGAAGAAUUUGACUCUCGGCAAUGCAGUUAGCGGCCUAGCCAUAAAUGGUGGUAAUAAUGUCAGUGCGGGUGUAGCUGCGAAUGUCAUUGGCAAUAAUGACCUUAGCGGUAGCACAUCUCAGCCAGUAGGCCCACAGCAACAGCAACAACAGCUAGGACAAAUGUCCAGCACUACCAGUGCCAUCUCGCUUGCCACACUCAAUAAAGAGCCUGAGUCCAAGAGUCAACCUCUUGCCGCACUUCUCGAGCAGACUGCUACGCCGUUGGGUCUAAAUUAUGACGGCUUUGGUCUUGGUAUUCGGGCCAGUAUACCUAAGAUGCCAUCUUUCCGGCGAAAGAUCAAGGCUCCGAGUCCAGUAGCCGCACAAGACGAAGAAGAUAGUCGACAGUCGGAAGAGACGCGACUUGACAGUUCUUUAGCUCAAACCGGUAACCACGCUCGCACUCUCGAUAGUGACAGUGAUCUCGAUCUCAGCAGUCGCAUCUCGCAAAAAGUCAGCAAGAGGCAGAUGACCAAUUUGGCCAGCAGUUCCUCUUCCUCAUCCACCUCAAGUUCAGAUGAUGAAGACGACCAGAGCGAUUCUUCGAGCGACGGCGAAGAAAAUGCUGUCAGCAGUACGAGUAGUACUAGUAGUGGAUCAUCCUCUUCCAGUUCGAGUUCUGAUAGUGAAGAGGAGGUUGACUCUAGGCCGUUGGCACGAGACAGUAAAAAUCCGGAAAUAAUAGCGGAAUUAGAUGUGAUUACCUCUUUAUCUUGUUCGACUCCUACAGUGUCUGAUCGUAGUCGAACUCCAAUACCGCAUAUUGAGCUCACUGAGCUCCGAGUCGAUUGUGAGUUUCCGCAAAUCGAUGACUUUGACGAUGACAUGCAUGUGAAUGCGAUGGAUUAUGGUAAUGAGAUUUAUUCUGCUGCUAUGUCUAAAGACACCGAAUUGAAGGCUGACAUGCUUAAGACUAACUUGGAACAACCUGUGCCAACGAUUUGGCCUGGCCAAGCAUUUGUGUCACCUGUUGAACCUUUCUGUAAGCACCAAACCAUAUCUCGCGACAUCCAAAAAAUGGAAAGUUCAGCAGCAGAAGCUCUGAUAUCUCUAGCAGGUCAACAAACCGACAACGCUAACCCUACAAUUACACCAUCGACUGCUUCCACGAAUUGGUCUAACGAUCCGAGUAUUAUUCGAAAACUUGAGACAAUGUCCGAUAAGUACAUCAACAAUGAUCCAAUCCUUAAAGAGUCAGAGAAGAUUGAGAUGUUUAGCGAGAUACCUACUACUGAUUCCGAAGAAGAGGAAAGUUUAGAAGUCAGACGGUUACGCCUAUCCGGAGCACGUCAACCUCAACGUUCUCGUGUUUAUUUGGAACAUUCAUAUUCUCUACCUCCAGAGCAGUCGCAAACACAAAAGCAACAAGCAGUUGCUGGCCAAAAACCUCUGAUAUUAACUCCAAGCGAAUUAACUACCGCCGAUUUGGCUAGACAGUCAACGAAACCUCCAGUGAUAGGGCUCCUUGACGAGAAUGCAGCUGAACUAAAAAGUAUUGGUAAUAAAGAGCGGAGUGAGAAAAAGAGAAAUAAACACGCAAAGAUCAGUAACAAUGAGAUUUUACAUAACAAGAUGGACGAAGAGCGUGAGAAAGAAAAUAUUAAAAUGCCAGCCAGAAGUUUUGAAGCGAUGGUUCCGCCGUCGAGUCUAUCACAAGGAAUGCCGCCAGCUACUCACCACUAUGCGACGCCAACGAUUUAUAAAGAGCGCGAUCUCAUGUCCGAAAUGGAAAUACUUUACGAAUUUUUGACACGAGGUAUCGAUCAUGAAGACAUCGAGUACCUCCGCAGAAGUUAUGAAGCUUUGCUAAGUGAUGAUUCUCAAAGUUACUGGCUCAACGACACUCAUUGGGUUGAUCAUCCGGCAACGGAUAUACCAACUCCGGCGAAAAGGCGUAAAAAAGACGAUACGCGUUUACAUGCUUCUGGUUGCGCUAGAACUGAAGGUUAUUAUAAGGUGGAUUUGAAAGAGAAGCUCAAGCAUAAGCACCAUUAUGCACAAAGUGUUCAGCGUAAUGAAGACGUAAGAGAAAGCUCGAGUGGAAUGAAUGUUCUCGGCGGUGAUGGCAGUGCGACAGUCAGUGGGCCAAAUUCGAAAGCUUUGACGGGUAAAAUGCAGGCAUUGUCGCGAGAAGCUAGAAGCAAUCAACGACGUUUGUUAACAGCUUUUGGUAUUGACACGGACAGUGAUUUGUUGAAAUUCAAUCAGCUGAAGUUCCGGAAGAAACAACUCAAGUUUGCCAAAUCUGGAAUUCACGAUUGGGGUCUGUUUGCCAUGGAGCCAAUAGCAGCUGACGAAAUGGUUAUUGAAUACGUGGGACAGAUGAUCAGGCCAGUAGUUGCCGAUCUACGUGAGUCUCAGUAUGAGGCUACGGGUAUUGGCAGUUCCUACCUGUUUCGUAUUGAUCUCGAUACUAUUAUUGAUGCUACAAAAUGUGGCAAUCUUGCAAGAUUCAUAAACCACAGUUGUAAUCCUAAUUGUUAUGCGAAGGUUAUUACGAUUGAAAGUCAGAAGAAAAUUGUGAUUUAUAGUAAGCAGCCAAUCGGAGUCAACGAGGAAAUAACUUAUGAUUACAAGUUUCCCUUGGAAGACGAUAAAAUACCAUGUUUGUGUGGAGCACCUCAGUGCCGAGGAACUCUUAAUUAAUAUAUUUGUUUUAUAUCGCUUCGCCGUGCUCAUCUUUUUCAUUUUCUCACUCUUUACAAGGCAUUGUGCAUUACCUACGUCACUCAUAUUUUUGUAAAUAUAAAUAAAUCUUCAUGUAAACAUUUUAUAAAAACCGCCCUCAGUUUUGUCAUUUUUCAAAGAAUCUUUAAAUUUAAGUGUGUAUAGACGAUUUUUCGCUGCAUUACUUCAGUUACGCAAGUUAUGUAGCUUAAGGACAGUGAUUAGCUAUGUUAUAUAGGUAGAUACGUAAUAAAUUUUUUCAUUAAUUAAAGGAAUUUUAUGCUAUGAAAAUAAAUUUUUUUCAUUAUCUUCGUGAAUUUUGAACUGUGAAUAUUUGAAAAAAAUUGUAUUAGAAUACUAUAAUUAAUAAUGGCUUUUAUUUUUAUGAAAUUCAUUAGCAUAGUAAAAAACUAGUUCGCGCCUAAUUUAUUAUAUUUGAA